CUCGGCACUCAGGUUCACCUAUUAUCCGAAUUGUCGCUCGUUUUUAAUCCAUCUUCUAUACACCUACACAUCGCUCACUCAUUUCCUUUCGAUUGACAUUGUUGUUGACGCCACAACACUGACCGAGACCGCAUAGGUGAUACAGAUAGCCGAUCGACGACGGACCAGACAUUGCCCAGCUUUGCCGCGGAACGCGUGCAGCGACCUCCUUCUAAGAUUUGCCUCUUAACUGGUGGCUCUUUCGCUUUUACACUACAAACUUGACAACUUCUUUCACAUACCGCCAACAUGUCCAAACCAUAUGACCAAGGCGCACCGCCUCAAUACCCUCAGAACCCAGCGCCUGUUCACUACGACGCUGGUCCUGCUCCUGGAGGCAUGCAACCCUCAUACUACAACCAAGGUGACGGUGCCCCUGAUUACUACGGCGGAAGCCCGAACCCCUAUCAACAAGGCCAACCAGGUCCGCCACAGGGCCAGUACGGUCCUCCUCAAGGACAGUAUGGUGGACAGCAGAUGCAAUACCAACAGGGACCGCCUCCACCAGGUGGAUAUUACCAGGACAACAGGAGGCAUGAUGGCGGUGGAGGUGGCGGGCUCUUUGCUGGAUUGUGCGCGGGUCUGGCUACUGGCAUUGUGAUUUACAUUGCAUCGUGA